AUGACGAUUCAAACGGCGGCGGUUCGUAUCGUCGAAGUAGGUCCGCGCGACGGCCUACAGAACAUUCGAGACAAUAUUCCCACGGCGACAAAGCUGGAGCUGAUUCAACGGCUUCAGGAAUGUGGGCUUCGCACUAUAGAGCUGACUUCGAUUGUUUCGCCAAGGGCUGUGCCUCAACUUUCGGAUUGUCGCGAUGUCCUGGGGAAUGAUCGAGUACAACAGUCGAUUACAAAUCCCAGUCUACGACUGCCAGUCCUAGUUCCUAACAUCAAAGGACUGAAUAUUGCUAUUCAACACGGCGUGAGGGAGAUAGCUGUCUUCAUCAGUGCGACGGAGGGUUUCAGCAAAGCAAAUAUCAACUGCAGCGUUGAAGAGGGGAUUGCGAGAGCAAAGGAAGUGACUUCACUAGCGCUGAAAGCUAAUAUGGUUGUGAGAGGCUAUGUAUCUUGCAUCUUCGAGGAUCCAUAUGAUGGUCCCACAUCACCAGCAUCAGUUCUUCGCUGCGUGAAAUCACUCCUCGACGCCGGAUGCUACGAAGUGAGCCUCGGCGACACACUAGGCGUGGGCUCACCAUCCAACGUCCGCAGUUUAUUGACAUAUCUAACGCAAAACGAUAUCCCACUCACCAAUCUUGCUGGCCAUUUCCAUGAUACGUACGGACAAGCAGCAGCGAACGUCUGCGAAGCGUAUCGAGCCGGGAUUCGCGUGUUCGACAGUAGCGUGGGUGGUCUUGGCGGAUGCCCAUUUGCACCAGGAGCAAAGGGGAACGUCGCCAGCGAAAGCCUUGUGAGCAUGUUCCACGAUGCUGGGAUUGAAACGGGUGUCGAUUUGCCCAAGUUGAUGCAGACCGGGGAGUGGAUUUUGAAACAACUGAACAAAUCUACUUUGAGCCGCAUUGGCGCGUCUGUUUCUGCGAGUUUGAGUGGGGAUGCGAAGAGCAAGACUUCAACACUGGGCUUGUGCUGGGCUCUCCACUCUGAGACGGAUGGAUUUCAUUUUCAUCAAUCUGGGUUGAAGUUGAGGUCAUUUUGA